CGGGCUCUCCGGAAGGAGACGUGGCGGCGGUUGGGUCCCGGGCACCUGGGUUGCUUUGUAGUCCCGCCGCCGCCUCCUCCUCCUCCUCCUUCUCCUCCUCCUCCUCCUGGUCUCCUCUUUGUGCAGAGGCAGCUGUAGCAGCGGCUGGGGAAAGCGGCAGCGGAGGAUGGAGGAAGGAGGCGGCGGCGUGCGGAGUCUGGUACCCGGGGGGCCGGUGUUCCUGGUCCUCUGCGGCCUCCUGGAGGCGUCCGGCGGCGGCCGCGCGCUCCCCCCGCUCAGCGAUGAUGUCCCUUUCCGAGUCAACUGGCCCGGCACCGAGUUCUCUCUGCCCACAACUGGAGUUUUAUAUAAAGAAGAUAACUACGUCAUCAUGACAACUGCACAUAAAGAAAAAUAUAAAUGUAUACUGCCCCUUGUAACAAGUGGGGAUGAGGAGGAAGAAAAAGAUUAUAAAGGUCCUAAUCCAAGAGAGCUUUUGGAACCACUGUUUAAACAAAGCAGUUGUUCUUACAGGAUUGAAUCUUACUGGACUUACGAAGUAUGUCAUGGAAAACAUAUCCGACAAUACCAUGAAGAGAAAGAAACUGGUCAGAAAAUAAAUGUUCAUGAGUACUACCUUGGAAACAUGUUGGCUAAGAACCUACUAUCUGAAAAAGAACAAGAAGCAGAAGAAAAAGAAAAAUUAAAUGAGAUUCCCACUAAAAAUAUUGAAGGUCAGAUGACACCCUACUAUCCUGUGGGAAUGGGAAAUGGUACACCUUGUAGCUUGAAACAGAACCGGCCCAGAUCAAGUACCCUAAUGUACAUAUGUCAUCCCGAAUCUAAGCAUGAAAUUCUUUCAGUAGCUGAAGUUACAACUUGUGAAUAUGAAGUUGUCAUUUUGACACCGCUCUUGUGCAAUCACCCUAAAUAUAGGUUUAGAGCAUCUCCUGUGAAUGACAUAUUUUGCCAAUCACUGCCAGGAUCUCCAUUUAAACCCCUCACUCUGAGACAGUUGGAACAGCAGGAAGAAAUACUAAGGGUGCCUUUUAGAAGAAAUAAAGAGGAAGAUUUGCAGUCAACUAAAGAAGAAAGGUUUCCAGCCAUCCACAAGCCUAUUGCUGUUGGCUCUCAGCCAGUGCUCACUGUCGGAACAACCCACAUAUCCAAACUGACAGAUGACCAACUUAUAAAAGAAUUCCUUAGUGGUUCUUACUGCUUUCAUGGGGGUGUUGGUUGGUGGAAAUAUGAAUUCUGCUAUGGCAAACAUGUACAUCAAUACCAUGAGGACAAGGAUAGUGGAAAAACUUCUGUGGUUGUGGGGACUUGGAAUCAAGAAGAACAUAUUGAGUGGGCAAAGAAGAACACUGCCAGAGCAUACCAGCUUCAGGACGAUGGGACCCAGAUAGUCAGGAUGGUCUCACAUUUUUAUGGAAAUGGAGAUAUUUGUGAUAUAACUGACAAACCAAGACAGGUGACUGUAAAACUAAAGUGUAAAGAAUCAGACUCUCCUCAUGCUGUUACUGUGUAUAUGCUAGAGCCUCAUUCCUGUCAGUAUAUUCUUGGGUUGUGGGAAAGAAUGAGCAUAUUUUACUGGGAAGCACUCAAAAGAAUCUAUAUUUUGAAGACUACUGGACUCCAACUCUAACACCUUAGAGAAAAUAAAGUCUGCCAUCUUACAUUGCUUUAUGAUGACUCCACAAGCCCUUUUCUGGGGAGCCGAGGACGGGCCUGGUACGGGCGGGCCAAGCACGCUCCCGCUGCGCUGAUCUCCAGCUGUCCUGGACCGAGUGCUGUGUGUGUUAUUUCUCAUCCCUGACAAGAGGAUAGUGUAUCUCCUCCCUCCAUUAAAUGUGCUGUGUUCGUGAACUGAAAUUAUUCCACUUCUAAAGUACUGAACUCCUCAAAACACUUCUCUGUAAAAAGCACAACUUCCUGUUAUCUUUUCUCAGAAUCAUAUUAAUAAAUUUAGUAUUGUACAA